GGGAGGUGAUGGCGAAAUUACUACAGCAGGUGGCAACUACAUUUUGGGGAGAAAAUUUCUGGGAGUUACUAACCUGACUGGAGUUGGAAACCACCAGCACCAGUACAAGAAUGGAAGAACCACAAAAACCACGGACGGAUUUGUUUUUCAACGACCAGCUCGACAUCAAUUUCAAUUAGGAAAUGAUCAGGAACUUAUCGGUAGAAGAACGGUCCAGAACAGCACCACUGCAUCUUCGCAACUCAGCUCGCCACUACCACAGCAAGGACGAACCAGAACCACUGGCGGACCACUACCGGAGAGUUAUUUUGA